AAAAUAUCCUCAACUGCGUUUCCCCUCCAGUCAGCAGACGGCGAUGUGCGUCUUUCAUGCGACGCUGCCAGCGUGACGUAUAAUCUAGUGGACGGUUCUUCAUAAACAGCUCGUCAACCACCUCGGUAGCUUGCUAGCCAACAUAGCCGAAAGAUUCAAGCUAUUUACACGCUUUCGGUGUAUAUUAGCUACUGUGUUUUCGACACACUUAGGUCGUAUCUAGUUGUUAACCUAUUUAAUAUUACGUUAUUUUGUAUUAGUCAGCUAUAGUAGCUGGCUGGUUAAAUUAGCACUAGCCUAGUCGCUAAUGAUAGCUAGCUAGCUAACAUCCCCGACCAUGAGGUCAGUAAGCUUCUCCCCUCUUGUUAAAGAAGAGGUCUGCUGGACGGAGAAAGAGGGUCUGGGGCUGAACAUUGUCGUGAAAGAGGAGAAGGAAGAAGAGGAUGUUACAGUAAAACAAGAAGUAGAGGGUGAGGCUGUUACCCUGAAAGAAGAAGAGAUAGACGUUUCAGUGAAAGAGGAGGAGGAUGUUACAGUGAAAGAAGAGGGGGAAGAGAAAGAGGAGGAUGCCGUUUUUGGAGUGAAGAAGGAAGGGGAGAUUACUGUCACAUUGAAAGAUGAAGAGGUGGAGAUAGGAGAUCUGAGUAACACCAGAGAGAUACGGGACUAUCGUGGAUCCUCUGGGGAGCCUCAACAACUUCAUGAUGCUGAAGAGGCAGAGAAGAGUCUCUCCAGAUCAGAACACCUCAAUAAACACCUGCAGAGAUGCACAGGGAAGAGAACUCACUGCUGUUCUGUCUGUGGGAAGAGAUUCACCUCAUUAGGCAUUAAAAUUCAUCAGAGAAUACACACAGGAGAGAAACCUUAUAGCUGUGGUCAAUGUGGGAAGCGUUUUGGUCGAUCUUGCCAUCUGACUCAACACCAGAGAAUACACACAGGAGAGAAACCUUAUAGUUGUGGUCAAUGUGGGAAGGGUUUUAGACAAUCUAGCUCUCUGACAGUGCACCAGAGAACACACACAGGAGAGAAACCUUAUAGCUGUGAUCAAUGUGGGAAGAGUUUUGGUGGAUCUGGAGACCUGACAGUGCACCAGAGAAUACACACAGGAGAGAAACCUUACAGCUGUGAUCAAUGUGGGAAGAGUUUUCGUCAAGCUGGAAAGCUGACAGUGCACCAGAGAACACACACAGGAGAGAAACCUUACAGCUGUGAUCAAUGUGGGAAGAGUUUUGCUGCAUCAAGAACUCUGACUCAACACCAGAGAACACACACGGGAGAGAAACCUUAUAGCUGUGGUCAAUGUGGGAACAGUUUUGGUCAAUCUGGGGAUCUGGUAUCACACCAGAGAACACACACAGGAGAGAAAUCUUAUAGCUGUGGUCAAUGUGGGAAGAGUUUUGGUGGAUCUGGAGAGCUGACAGUGCACAAGAGAACACACACAGGAGAGAAACCUUACAGCUGUGAUCAAUGUGGGAAGAGUUUUGGUCAAUCUGGCCAUCUGGUAUCACACCAGAGAACACACACUGGAGAGAAACCUUAUAGCUGUGAUCAGUGUGACAAGAGAUACUCUGAUAAAAGAUCUUUGAUUAAACAUCAGAAAAUACAUACAUGAAGGAGUUGUUUCAUGAUAUCAAUGAAUUAAUGUCACAAUGUAGAAUGUUUUAACAUUGUAGUAGGAGUAUUUUAAUGAUGUCACAAUGUAGAAUGUUUUAACAAUGUAGUAGGAGUAUUUUAAUGAUGUCACAAUGUAGAAUGUUUUAACAAUGUAGUAGGAGUAUUUUAAACAAUUUCACAUAGAAAUUGAUAGAACGCUAAACGUUUGCCCCAUUCAAUUGAUUUCAGCCUUAGGAAAAAUCCAGGCUCUUGAAAGAGUACUAUUUAUGUGAUUUAACAAAAAAGUGACUAACACAAAAAGAGCUGUGUUACACUUACCAUGUUGGUGACCCACUUGAAUCAAAAUGCAACACUUCAAGAUGUAUCUGGCUGUUUUCUACAAAUUGUCCUCUAACCAGUGAUGUACACAUUACUCCCAGAUUUCGUGUGGUUUUUGAGCUGUUAGUUUUAACAGGACAUGCAACCUCAUCUCCCUCCUCUCGGCAUAAUUGAUUUCAAUAUGAUAUCGAUGAGUGAUUACAAAUAAGUGUUGUGUUCCUUUGUUUAGCGACCCCUACAUUUAAAUGCGUCACUCCAAAAUGUAGCUGACUGUCUUCUGCAGGUUGUCCUCUAAUCAGUGAGCUAAAAGAUAUCUCCCAUUUCCAUGUGUUUUUUUAGUUGUUAGUUUCAACAGCACCUACAACCUGAUUUCCCCCCUAAUCCAUAUCAGUGAUUUAUUGCUACUUGUCAAAACAACAGUGUUUCUGGUGCUUGUGCAGUUUAUAAGGAGCUUGUUUAUAGAAAUAUAAGUAAUAUGAUUAUUGUGGCAGAUGUUUGUGUGUAUAGCACAUUUUACGUUUAGGUUUUCAAUUUAUCACAAACUGUUUCUGCAUUUGGAUUUGGAACUGUGACAUUGGGGAUAUCCCACCUAGCAAAAUGUCAUUGAAAAUCAGACUAUGCCCGACGUACAAUAUAAGUUUGGUUUUAGUUGAAAGUUGAAAAGAUUUUUUUUCAAAUUUCAACAUACUUGCAGCCUAUACACAUGGACGCUGUAUAAUAAAUAGGUCUAUAAUCAAUUUUAUUAACAAUCCUAAUAAAUUGAGUCAAAUAAAUUUUCAUAUUUUUUUCCUGUGAAGCCAUUGUGUUGCAUCCAUGUAAAUAUAAAUAUAAAUAUAAAAUAUAUUUGUUGUCCUAAGGGGAAAAAAGGUGUUACAGACUUUGGUUUUUUCCAUUUAUGUUUUGAGGUUGGACUUUAGGAGGUUGUACGUUAGCACGUAUAGCUCAUUAGCUCGUAGGACGCACUGAUUGGUGUCACCUCGUUAGUCACUAUGUGUUACACCUCUGCUGGCUUGUCCAUCUCGUUAGUGGGAAGGUGUUUCACCUGAGCUGGUCCAGGUUCUAUUUAAGAGUGUCUGGCCCAGUGCUCCAGUUGUCUUGAUAGAUGUGGAGAGUCAACAACUUUAGUUGCUCCACCUUUUUUGGUUUGCUUCCUGUCUGUGAGUUUUUCUUUUGUUUGCCUCUUCUUUGGCAGAUUUAGUGGGUCUCAUGGUUGGUGUCUUUUAGGUCCCAGUUGUUGUUACUAGUCAAUUUUCAGUGGACACCCCCAUAGUGUCUUUCAGAACCACUCCUAAAAAACAAACUAAUAUUUUUGGUUAAAUAUUUUAACAUUUUAAUCAAUGGCAUUUCCUUAGGAUGCUCAUUAGUCUAAGUUGUAUUUUUAUCCUCUUAUGUUUGUGUACUAAAUAUUUCUGUUUAUUUUCAUAGGUUUUUCCUGUGAAGCCAUUGUGUUGCUUCCAUGUCUGAAAUGUGCUGUAUAAAUAAAGCUUGAUUCGAACAUAUUGAACCAAAUGACUGACCAAUAAA